AAGAUUAAAAUUAUUCGUUCACUGUAUGAUAUAAUCUCUACAUGAUUUUAAAAUAUGUUAUUUCACAAUCACAUUUCAAUAUAAAAGUUAAUUCUGCUAUUGGCAGAAUAAUUAAACAAUAUUUUCCUUUUAUCUCAUCAUGUACAUUCGUUAAUUCCCGCCUUCAUAAUUUAUACUUGUUGCAUUCGUUUAAGUACACAGACUGCUAUAACAUUUAUUAAUAUAAUAUCUGAUAUUCAGUAACAAGUAGAGUAUAAAUAAAGGCAUUGUUAACAAAUAAAUAAAAGGAUUCUAUUUUGAAUACAAAAUGGUUAAAAAUAUCACAAAAAUCCUUGACAUUUCGUGGAGAUUUGGUGUAACUGCAGCGAGUAAUGAAUCUGACAACAUGGGGAAAUCAUUCUUGCAUUUAAAAUUAAAAUUAGAAGAAAAUGGCAAAACUAGGAAUGUUUUUGUAGAAAUGACAAUCAGUGAAUUUUAUAAAUUUAUACAUGAUCUAGAAAAAGCAAAAUGUAAUCUUGAUUUAUUACUUUGAAUAUCAUUUAAAAUAUUUGAUUAUAAGUUAAUCUUCUAACAGGAUUAUAUCUUACAAAAAUACUUUAAUUGUAUAAAUGCAAUAUUACAUUCAAUAAAAUAAUACAACUAGA